AUGGCUCCCGUUUUGAUGACAGGCGUCGGCCUUGUCACAGGAGCUGCCUCGGGAAUCGGGCGAGCCUGUGCUAAAAUUCUCGUUGCAGAAGGAUGUACGAGGCUCGUACUCUCGGAUUUGACUCAAGAUGGCCUCGAGCAUGUCUCGCAGGAACUGAAAGACAUUGACACGGCGGUGGAAACCGUUCUCGUCAGUGGCGAUAUGAGCAAAGAAGCCGACGUCGAGCAGAUGGUGGAAGCAGGGGUUUCAAGAUUUGGAUCCAUUCACUAUUGUAUCAACAGCGCGGGCGUGACCAGUAAACCCCGACUACGGACGCAUGAAUUGGAGACGGAAGCAUUCGAUCGAGUCAUCAACGUCAACCUUCGAGGAUUGUGGUUGUGCGAACGGGCGCAGAUCCGCCAGUUCCUCAAGCAACCCGCCACGCUCAAGACUCGCAAUCACCCAGAAGCAAUACCUACCCAGCGAGGGGCUAUUGUGAACAUCAGCAGUAUCUUCGGCAUCACGGCUCACGCGACGGCCGGAGCUUAUCCCGCCUCGAAAGCCGGGGUCUUGGGGCUAACAAGGACGGAUGCGGUGGCUUAUGCGACGGAUGGGAUCAGAGUCAACGCCAUCUGCCCCGGUUUCAUCAACACACCUCUGGUGGAACAGGCCAAAGCAGCCGGUGCAGAUUACAACAAACUCGUCAGUCUCAUCCCUUUUAGACGGAUGGGUACCGCAGAAGAACUAGCGGAAGCGGCGGUGUGGUUGGUAAGUGAACGGGCAAGUUAUGUCAGUGGUGUAGAACUGCCGGUUGACGGUGCUUGGGUCCGCGCGUGCAACACAUGA